AUGGCUGAUAUUUCCGAGACACUCCUGGCAGAGGAUGCGGGCGCCGCGAAUCAAGCCCGCGGCGCUUGUUGCCACCAGCGAUGCCUCGUGCCGGAAGAUUCUCCGUUCGACUGCCUCGCCAUCACGGCACCCAACCCGAGAGCUGCCAAGGCGUACCUCGACGAGCUCGUGCACAGGGUGGGCGUGAACGGGACAGAAGGAACGAAGGAGGUGCUGAUUCUGGCCGUGUCUGAUCCCGAAGGAGUGAGGAUCGGCUCUGGAGGCGGUACUCUGAACGCUGUGCUGGAGAUCCACCAAGCUCUCCGGGCGGCGCAGCUGUCCAACGAUAACCAAGACCCCCAGGGCUUGGCCGCCGCGCGCGUCCUCCUCGUGCACAGCGGUGGCGACAGCCAGAGGUCCCCAACGCAAUGCGUCUGUGGCAAGGCGUGGUCCGCCCUCAACAGCUGCGGAGACAGCGGCAGCGGCAGGUGCAACACCCCGAUGGACCUGCUGCUCGAGCACCUGAGCCGCCUGUUCUCCGGAGGUUCGUCCGGGAGUUUGGAACCCGGAACGCUGGUCGUUACUGCGUGUGACGUCAUGCUGCUGGUUCCUCCCGAGGUGGCGGCCACCGCCGACUGGUCGUUCGACCAACAGAGCGGCGCCGCCGGGGGCGUGGCCGGUUUGGCGAUCGCUGCGGAUGCGGCGAAAUACGCCUCCAACCACGGCGUGUACUGCCUGGACGGGGGCGGCGGCGGUGGGGGGCAGGAGAGCCACGGCAUCACGGGGGUCAGGAAGUACCUCCAGAAACCCUCCCGGGAGGAGGCAGAGGCGUCCGGAGCCUUCCUCAACCCCGGCGGCAUGGCGGCGCCAAAGAACGAGUCUGGAAAUCCCAACCACGAUCCUAGUGCCAACCCGGAGGUCGCCAUCGACUCGGGCGUCGUGGUGUUCUCGGGAGCGGCCACGCGGGCUCUGACGAGCCUUGCGCACUCGGAGACGUUCAAGGGGUGCACCUCGCGUGGUGUGGCCGGGGGGGCUUCCGCGCUGAGGUUGGAGCUGUAUUCGGACCUGCUGCUGGCGCUCAGGACGGGAGGGGGUACCGGAGAGAGCGCCGAAGGGACGCUUGACGCCUAUCUCGAAGCGUGCGGCCACGUCCUCCCUCCCGACCACGACGUCUCCAAGGCUAGGCGGGAGAUCUGGGACGCCCUGAGCGGGUUCCCUCUGGGCGCCCUGCUUCUCCAAGGUGCAACGUUCGUGCACCUGGGCACUACCCCAGAGCUGAUGGAGAUGUUGACGCUCCGACUGCCGGAGUUCAUCGAGCCAUACGGUUUGACUGCCAGGGCGUCCAGCGUGGUGGGCGCUGCCUGCUCGGUGGAGAACGACCCCCCAGCGGUGGUGGUGAACAGCAGCCUACACGGGGCCGGCGUGGUCGCAGGCGGGGCAGUGGUUGAGCACUGCUAUUUCGACAGAGACGGCUGGGAGGUUGGUGCAGGAAGCCUCAUCAGCGGAAUCCGUUCUCUCGAGGAAGAUUGCCAUCUGCGUCUUCGAGGCGGCAUGUGUCUCCAGCAGACCGACCUCGACCGCGCCUCCCCUGAGGAGACGGCGUCGAGGUUCGUGGUCAGCCUGUUCGGCGCGAGGGACGACAUCAAGGCGCACUACUCGGCCGACAGGGCGAGGGUUUGCGGCGCAACCUGGGAGGCGUUCUUCGGUUACACCGGCGCGACCGCGGAGGAUGUGUGGGGUGGGAUCGAGGAGGGCGACCGCAAGCUGUGGUCGGCGCGCCUGUUUCCCGUCCUAACCCGCAGCCAAGGCCAAGCCGCGGGUACCUCGUCCACAAGCAUCAACACGGUCAUGUGGAUGCAGGACGUCCAGGAACACGCCGCUGCCGCGGCCGUCACCACCGCAUGCUCUUCUUCAUCGCCCCCCGGCGGCGACGUUUCUUCACCCCCGAUCUCCGGAGAUCGAGGUGGCGGGAUCGCCGCGACCAAGCCGGUGGCGGUGAAGAACUGGCUGGCGGCCGAGCGGCUUUCCUUCAAGGAGAUACUCGCGAAGGCGGACCCUGGAGCGGAGUUCCGAUGGAGGAGGGAUCUCGAGGAGGGCAUAGCAGCAAAGGUUCCCGCUGCUGGUACACAGGCGGUGGCGCCGGUGGGGAGCGGGAGGUAGGCGCGUGGGUGGGGAUUGUUUUUUGUUGCCUCCUUUCUCUUUCUCCGCGUACGUUUUUCUCUGUUGGCACGUCCUCCCCUUUCUUUCUGUCCACCUUUUUUUAGAGCCCUCUUCGGAAAGUGGAAGACGAGAGGGGGGACUUGACCCGACCGCGAAAUAACCUCUUUCGGGCACGAAGUGACGGCGUAGGGGGGGGUUGGCCAGUUAUGACUUUUCUGAGAUUGUUCGGAAACUUUGAUUUGCGACAUAGCGGAAAGUUAUCGGGGUUUCGGCAACUUCCCGUGUUCGCACGCCGUCCCCGCAUGCUUGCGUCAUAUCCGGAGUCUUGACUGUUCUGUUAAUGCGUCUGUGGAGCAGUCGCAUGCAAGCUCUGGCUGCUCUUGUUGGGUCUGUGUUGGCAGUCCCUACCCCCAAGGAGUGUGUGGUACCUCUACUCUAGCUGUUGUUUUAUCGCGUCAGGUUGAUAUUUUGUUUUGCGCCAGGCUUGAGGCUUCUUCUGUUUCUUCCGCCCGUGGUCGUGCGCCUUGCCUGAACCUUGGCCGCGUAAGCAUUAGUCCCUUCUUUUGUUUUGCAAUGCACACCGAGAAAAACCCGCGUGAUCCUGGACUUGGUUUGAGUCUAUUUUAUGCGGAAAUGGUUGUGUGUUGCUUGGUUGCUCAGACGUAUCUACACGUUGUUUCUCCGCCGGUGCCUUGUCCUUGUCGGAGCAACACCUGUGUUCGGUUGCCUAUGUAACGUUUUGGUCCUCCCUGUCCAUGAUUCAUGGUGUUGGCGUCUCUAGCGAACCUGCGGUAUUGUUCUUGUUGAUGGUGUGGGUGUCAUUCUCCCCGCAGCUUGUUCGCCUGCGGUUCUCGCGAUUCUUGCAUCGGUUGCUUGCGUUUCGCUGUGUUUUCUCGAGGUGGGCAUCAAGUGAACGAACGCUACUCAUAUCUGUUUAUUUGUUAAUUGUACGCUAUUUGCGAGUGAAGAUACUGCGUAGGCAGUCAGGCAAGGAGUGCGAGCUGUUACGAAUCUAAUCGAAGCUUCGUGUGGGCCUGCCGUUUUGCGCAAGGUUUAAGUUGAGAGGUUUGUCUGGACGACGUUUUCUUCCUACUGCCAUUGGCUACGCACACUGAGAUGGACGUGUUGAAUGGACAAUGAUUAUGUUGAGGCUUUUGUGUAGUAUUCCCCUGUCCUGGCGGGGCCCUCUUCUGGUCCUCUCAUGUCGUCGGUGCCGUUUGAAGCCCUAAGCCUUCCUUUGAUGUCCCACUGGCUGCUUUGAAUGAAGACGAUGUGGUGGGUGGUAGCAACGGCGACGACGAGGCCUGGCUUCCCACCCGCUGUUCCGUGACAGACGCCUGUGAUACGAAAUGCGAUUCACAGCCGAUAUACUUUUGGAGGGUGGGUUUCACUUUUCUUUUGGUUUUGAUACGGCACGGCCGCAGAAUUGCUAUGGUGCACAAUCGUCGCGGCGAGAUAUUGUUCAUAGGGGUUGGUCACGUCCCUGAAGUUUUAGGUACAAGUCGUGGGACCUGCGUCGUUAAACAAAACUUGCGUCUUGUCGGCUUCAAGCUCAGGCUUCGAGCUCGCAGAUUGCAGAAUAGUGUGAGACAAGCUCGUAUUUUUCGGCCGGAUGACGUUUCUCCUAGCAGGUUAGGCUGACGGGGUUAGUCGCCGACUUUGUGGACCUCGUAAUCGGGCUGAUCUGCAUGUCGUGGAUGCUACAGUGUGCUCAGGGUGUUUGUGUGACCAAAUGUGUGAUGCGUCUACGUGGGGUGGGGAGAAUUUGGAUGCAGAUCGGUCGUUAGAACCGAUGGCUACGAUGCUACCCGACGUCCCCACUCCGUUGAUUUAUCCACCAGGGCCAGGCUAGCUUGAACAACAUUUGGGAUCCUUUUGUGGUUCGCUGAAAGGAGCUCGCUUAAGGUUGCCCCGAAUCGUUGGCAGUCGGACUUUGUCGUGGCUGCCUUUACAGCUGUCCUGCCGCUGCUCAGACCAGUUUUGACAACUCAGUUGCCGGUUGUAGUAUUUGCUAGCGUUUCUGACUAGAGUUGGAGGUUGGCUACGUCUGCUUAACCGGGACACACGGUCCAAUUUGCAGCGGGUUCGUUUGAUACCGAACCCCUAACCUUAGGGUUGAACGAAUGGAUCAUUUCACAGAGAACACCCAUUGAUUGU